AUGGGAAUGGGUGUGGGAAUCAAUUCGGGAAUGAGGAUACCGGAGAAUGCUCUCGGGAAGGUUGUGGGGGUGGGAAUGGGAAAGAUAAGAGGAUACGGGCGUGGGUCUGGGAGAAUAAAGAGGAUGGAUGGGAUGAAGAUGUCGUUGAGAUCGGAAUCAAGGGUUCCUCCUUCUGCUAGACUCUUUGGGAGAUCGAGAGGAUUCUGCUCUUCUUCAUCGUCUUCAUAUGUUGCGUCGUCUGCUUCAUCGCCAUCCAGAAUUGAAGACAAAACAGGAGCAAAAUCAAACACAAACCUCCUUCCUUUUGCGAAUAAAACGAUAUUGGUAACGGGUGCGACCCGCGGGAUUGGGAAAGCCAUUGCGCAAAAAUUUGGAGAGUUGGGGGGAAAGUUGUUAUUGGUGGGAAGGAAUCGGGAGGGCUUGGAGGGGGUGGGGAGGGAAAUGAUGAAGGGAAGAAGGGGAGAGGGAGAGGGAGAAGGAGAGGGGGAUUGGAUGGUUGUUUGUGGAGAUGUGGGGGAGAGGGAGUUUUGGGAGGGGAAUUUGGAAGGGGAAAGAGAGUGGCUGAGGGGAUUGAGGGGAAGUGGAGAGAGGAGAAGUGAAAGGGGUGAUAACCCCACCCCCAAACCCAAAAUCGACAUCCUCAUCAACGCCGCCGGUCUAACCCACGCCUCCCCCCUCAUAACCACCUCUCCUUCCCUCAUCGAAAAUAUCCUCCAAACAAAUUUAAUGGGUACAAUCUGGGGAUGUAAAAUUAUCGGAAAAGAGAUGUUGAGACGAAGGGAGGGUUGUAUAAUAAACGUCUCCUCACUCCUCGGCAUCAAAGGCGGAAGAGGUAGUGCCGCGUACGUAGCUAGUAAAGCCGGGGUUCUUGGACUCACCCGCGCCCUAGCCGCCGAAAUGGGCUCUGCAGGAAUUCGAGUCAACGCCAUUGUACCUGGCUAUAUCGAGACGGAUAUGACGAGGGAAACUGAGCUAACAACCUCCUUCAAAGCAAUGUCAGAUCCCGCCCGCUCAGAAGCAUUAAACUCCAUUCCUCUAUCACGUUUUGGAGAUGUAGCCGAAAUAGCCGAUGCCGCCGUCUUUUUAGCAACCAAUAAGUACGCAAACAAUUGUGUGCUUAAUCUUGAUGGAGGAUUGAGCGCCGUAUGA